AUGAGCAGACUAAAAGUCUUCAUCGGUCUGUCUUCAUCUGUGCGCCGAGUCAAAGUAUCAGGUGUGAAAUAUUGAUGUGGCGACAGGUGUGAUCCUGAACAGACUGCAGGUCUUCUGAUCCAUGUGUCGCACAGUGAGGGGCUGCAAGCUCCCCCGACUCAGGACGAACCACGGACCUCAGCGCUGGUGAGUGACUGUGUGACCAGACUUUUAACCAGGACUUGGAGAUAAAGAACCCCCCAAACCAUAUGUGCUCCUGGGCCGACUAGAGCGGUCUAAUCUACCGGUGUUCAACAAUAGACCGGAUCACCGAAGACUGCUGAAGUCCACAGAAAUAUAAACGGGAACAAGCGGAUGAUUAAGAAAUGUGCAGCUGGAAUCUAGGCCACGAGAGCGAGUGUGUCUCCAGUUACAGAGUUAUCUCUGCUGCACUUCAUGUCUGAUCGUCUUUCUUCUUUGACUUAUGAAGUCCUGAAGAAAAAAGAACAAAAAUGUCAAUAAUGUUCAAGAAAAACUGCAGUCAGAGCUGAAACGUUGACAUGGUGCUCUUUGUUCCAGAUUCACAGAGUCCCACUCCUCCUGGAGGAGGGGUCGGAGCUGGAGGUGAGCGGGCAGAAGGAGGUCAGGAUCACCCGUCUGUGGUCCAGGAGCUGUGGUUCAUUGUGGUGAUGGCAGCCAUCGCUCUGCUGCUGCUGGCUGUCGUCUUAGGUGUAGUCCUUCAUAAGGUGAGAGUUGGUCCUCAGUUAUAGCACAAAGUUAGAGAAGUAUUGGUUUGGAGCUGAAGUUUUGUCUUCUUCAUUCAUGAUCCUCCUCUGCAGGCUCUGAACAGACCCCCCUUCACCAGAGAAAGGCCCCCCCUGGUGGCCCUGCCCAUGCAGAAGAGAAGCCCCAGGGCCAUCUAUCCGGCCAGCAACUCCGUACUGGUGAGGGGACGUUAAUGUCUUAACCAGUAAACUGUGUUUACAAAGACACAAAGUACAGAUGGGAGAAAACUGAAACACUUACAGGCAGAAACCUUGAGCAGAACCAGACUCAUGUUAGACUGUGACCCCCAAUUUUAACCGCAUCCGGAACGGCUCCGAUCUAGAAUGGCGCCAAUUUUGCCAUCCGCCAAUUCCUACUGAAUCUGUUUGUGAGGCGAAUUUCAUGGCGGAUUGCAGACAGCAGGAAUCGCGAAAACUCAAAAGAACCCGCGGAUUCACGUGCAAUCGUGCGAUAACGCGUUGUCUCUAUAAAGACAGACACAUAGACAUAUAAGCAGUAGAUUGUGUCCUUCCAGAGGAGGAAAUCUACUUCUAGACUUCUAGAAUCAGCAUCUCCUCGUCCAUGGUGUCAUCGGGGUGAGAUGACGUCUAAAAACCUUUCACUUGUUCGUCUCCGCCCGUUUGCAUGGUGUGAAAUACGAUCCUCCUGAAACACGGAGUGUUUUAUUUUGAAAAGAAGCCGGAUGUUUUAUUUUGUGUCUGUGCCCGACUUCCUUUCCAGCACGGGUUAAUCUGUGCUGAAUUUAUCUGGUAUGCUCAGGCGUCUGGAAAAAAUAGAACUCUUGCGAUCAGCUUUGGAGUCUGGCGAUCGGGUGGAAAUUAAUUUGAAUGGUUACGAUCAGCAGAUACAGCCUUCUCGUAGCCGUUCUGGAUGCGGUGAAAAUUGGGGGUUGGGAAGUGAACUUUCUUUUUCUCCUCAGUUUGAUACGGUACCUGACACAACAGGCUUCUCCAACAGCGUGACGUUGAAGGGCUUCACCAUAAAGAUGGAGGUAAAUUAACGCCUUUACCAAAACAAAGAGUAAAGAUCAGCUGAACGUGAGGACACACGUCUAUCCUCUCUGGACAGGAGGUGCUGGAGACCAAAUGUGAGCCUGUGGAUGGAGAGGUCCCCCCACAGGGCGAGCUCGGGAUCCUCAGCGUGAACUCUUUGAUGCGCAGCGUCAGCCAGGUGAUAGACGGGAAAUCAUCCACAGGAGACGACGAGGCGUGGGAUCCAAACAUAUCAGGCCAUGACAGCGGGAUGGUAAGAGACACUAAACAUGUGAAUCUGGUCCAAUCAGAUCUUCUCCCAUCACAUCUUCAACCUCAUGAGUGAAACGCUUUCACAGAGAUGGAGAAAGUCUCGUUAAAAUAACUUUAAAACAGGUCAAAACCUCAAUUUAACGAGCUUCGUUCUCCCCCCAACAGUUUAUGGACGAUGAGGAGUUUGUGGACACCAUCAAAGGUUUCAGCACGGUGAGGAAGGAGCACACCAUGUUCACUGACACCAACCUGUGA